UCAGUUCAGUAUGACAUUGUCAAUUUGCCACAAAAAAAUUAACCCUCGAUAUCGUGAUUUCCAUUAGUCAUCUAUAAAUUAAUUAUUAUUUGAGUAUUCUGUAAAAUGGAUGAUAAUAAUGCAUCACAGUCUACUGAACUUCACAAGGACAAUGACGUCAAACCUAAAAAGAAGAAUAAGAACAAGAAAAAGCGUAGUGGAGGAGAUGGUGACCACGGCGGGUCAAGUUCCGCCGCUGACGGGAUAGUGGCCGUGCCCAGUUCUGGUGACGUCCACCAAAACAUAUCUAUCAAAGAUUUAAAAAUGGCAAUGGACGUCCUUAAUCUACAACAGAAACCAGCUAAGACAACUGAGGAAGCUCUACACAAGUCAUACCAGUUUUGGUCUACUCAGCCUGUCCCCAAAAUGGAUGAAAAAAUUGUUUCUAAUGAACCUAUCGAACCACCCAAGUCACCAGAGGAUAUAAGAGCGGAACCUUACACUCUACCUGAUGGCUUCAAUUGGGAUACCUUAAACUUAAAUGAGCCUUUGGUUUUAAAGGAAUUGUACACAUUGCUAAAUGAAAAUUAUGUGGAAGAUGAUGACUGUAUGUUUCGUUUCGACUAUCAAACGGAUUUCCUCAAGUGGGCACUUCAGCCUCCUGGUUGGAGGAUGGAUUGGCACUGUGGUGUGCGUGUUGUGAAGUCGGGAAGAUUAGUGGGCUUUAUUUCUGCUAUACCUGCCCAGUUGAGGAUCUAUGAUCAUGUGCAAACUGUUGUUGAAAUAAACUUUCUUUGUGUGCACAAAAAGCUCCGUGCUAAAAGAGUUGCUCCUGUUCUGAUCAGGGAGAUAACUAGGAGAGUUAACUUGACGGGGAUAUUCCAAGGUGUCUACACAGCUGGAAUUGUGCUGCCUAAACCAAUUGCUACAUGCCGCUAUUGGCAUAGAUCCCUCAACCCAAAAAAACUAAUUGACAUUAAAUUUAGUCACCUGUCAAGAAACAUGACCAUGCAAAGAACUCUAAAACUUUUUAAACUCCCAGAUUUGCCUAAAACUCCAGGUUUUCGGAAAUUAGAGCCUCAAGAUUCUGAAAAAGUUGUUCCAUUAUUGAAUAACUACUUGAGUAAGUUUGAUUUGACUCCAAUUUUUAAUGAGGAGGACUUUAAGCACUGGUUUACUCCACAGCCAGAUAUUAUUGACAGCUUUGUUGUGGAAGCUGCCGAUGGUUCUAUUACAGACUUUGUCAGUUAUUAUACACUGCCAUCCACUGUUGUUUACCACCCUGUGCACAAAACACUGAAAGCUGCUUAUGCAUUUUAUAAUGUGUCCACAAAAACCCCAUGGGUUGAUUUAAUGCAUGAUGCAUUGAUAGCUGCAAAGAACUCAGGGUUUGAUGUUUUCAAUGCAUUGGACUUGAUGGAGAAUAAGGAGUUCUUGGAGCCACUGAAAUUUGGCAUAGGUGAUGGUAAUCUGCAGUACUACCUGUACAAUUGGCGGUGUCCUAGCAUGACACCAAAUAAAAUUGGUUUAGUCCUGCAAUAACCAAAAUAUUUAGAUUGGUAUUUUAAUAGCCAAUGUUUUCUUUUUUGUCACUUUAUUGAAGUGUUUUUUUUUUCAGAAUUAUAGUUUUAGUUCUAAA